UUGACAAAAAUCCGAGGAGAAGCGUUUGUUGUCGGUUACUUCUCGUCAGAGUCAAAAACCUUAAAAAAAAUCUUUCCAAAAAUCCACAAAGAAAGAAGGGGCCGUGUCUCAGUGAGAGAGAGAGGAGAGAGAGAGGCAUAGAGAUGGAGGCAAAGAUUGAAGGAGGAGAAGAAGAUGAAGCAAACAAGAGAAAAUGGAAAAGGAAAAAGAGCUCAGAAGCUUCAUUCUGUCCAAUAAAUAGUCUUGAUGAUGGCUGUCUUAUGCACAUCUUUAGCUUCCUCUCUCCAAUUCCAGAUCGGUAUAACACCGCCCUCGUUUGCAACAGAUGGUGUUUCCUGGCAUGUCACCCUCGUUUGUGGCUGCGAGUGGACCGAUCUGUCAAAGAUUUAUCUGAGCCUGGGGUUUUCCCCAACAUUGAGACUGCUGUUGCCGCCGCAAGGCCUGGCGAUACCAUUUUAAUUGCGGCAGGAGGGAGUCAUUGUGCCUCUAAUAUUCAAAUAAGAAAACCACUUUGCCUGAUUGGUGGAGGUGAGCUUCCUGAUGAGACAACACUCAUUUGUUCUCGAGGUUCAGACAGUGCAUUGGAGUUCAUGUCUACCUGCAAACUGGCAAACCUAGCAGUGAAGGCAAAGCUUGGUUGCUGCUUGCUUCAUAGAAAGGGAAGGCUAACUAUAGAUGGAUGUGUUCUUCAAUUCGAGUCGAACCCCUUGGACUAUCUGUCAUGCCCGAUUGUGAGUACAGCCAGUGCUACUCAGCAGCUCCCUUCCUCGUUGAAUAGCCAUAGUGAUGGUUUUUUUGUCUCUCAAACUCGCAUUGAAGGAGGCACAAAGGCCGUUUUAACAAGUGAGGGCCUGGAAUUGCAGCGAGUACGAGUCAUUUAUGCUCGAACAUCUCUCUUAUUCUGGUUUGAUGUAGAGCAUCAGUGACGAUCAUUAUCAUUC